GACGCCGUUGCAUGAGGCAGCCGCGAACGGUCACGUCUCAGUCACCGAAUUGCUGCUCGAGAAAGGCAGCGACCCCAACGCCAGAGAGAGGAGUGAGGCCACGCCCAUGCACCUCGCAGCUUGUGAAGGACAUCGGGGGGCAGUGGAAGCUCUCGCGGCGGGCGGGGCCGACGUGGACCCCGUCGACCAUGAGGGCGACACGCCUCUCCACGGAGCAGCUUCAAGGGGGCAUCUUCUGGCGGUGGGCGCCCUGGUUGGCCUCGGGGCGUCCACCAGCAGGAAGAAUGAGAGAAUCGAGCAACAGGAGAAGGACUUAAGGGAGAUGAAGAUCAAGUUUGACUCGAAGGAGGCGGAGGCAGCCAACCUGCGCAAGGUAAUCGGAGACAUCAAGGACGAAGUGAAGAGAAAGGAAUUAGAAAUCAGACAAGUAGAGAUUCAUGCGGGUCUCGAGUUCACACACGCCAACAUUCCGGAGCUCGAAGCGCGCGAGGCGGACGCGAGGCGAGCGAGCGACGCGCUGCGGACCCGAACGGAAGCCCUCGCGAAGGAAACCCGAGACCUACGAAGAGCCUUGGCGAGAUCCGAGGAGCGCGCAGACUACCAAGACGACCAGGGACGCCGAAACAACCUGCGUUUCUCUGGCAUCCCCGAGGAGCAAAACGAAACCUGGCAGCAGUGUCAGCAGAAACUCGGCCACCUCCUGCAGCAGCACCUGAACCUCGCCCCGGUGAUAGAGCGAGCUCGUCGAGUGGGGAAGCCAUCUCAUGACAAGCCCAGGGACAUCGUGGCCAAGUUCGCGAGUUUCGGGGACCGUGAUGCAGUUUUUAAGAAAAAAGCAAACUUUAAGAAUGCACCUGUUUUUGUUUUUGUUCAUGAAGACUUCUGUGCCGGCACUAUCAAGGCACGGAAAGACCAGAUGGAGCAGCUGAAGCAGGCGAGGAGCGAGGGAAAACACGCCUAUUUCAACUACAGAAAACUAGUCGUGACUGAGCGCUCGCACCCGCGUAGCCAGCCUGACUCCGCGCUCCCCCUUCAGUCUCGCUCCUCGCGUGCGUCCUUGUCCGAUCCUCCUUCGCCAAUGCUACGUCGCCCCUCGACUCCUGCCCACAACGCCCCUGGCCCUUUCGCAUCAGCCCCGAAGACGCCCGAGGGAGCUUCAGGCAACGACACGUCUCCUCGCCAAGAAGACUCCUUGUUCAGCCCCCUGAGCCAACGACUGCGAAGCAAGCAGUAAUGUUCUUGUCUGGAAGAAGAAGUGUGCAAGAAUCGAGGGCCGACGAAGGAGGUCGGACAGGAGGAGAGCGAUGGCAGGGCGAUGAGACUUCCUCAAAUGUGAAUAUCGUAUUUAUAAUAAAUAAAAAAUAUAUGGGGUA